CGCCAAGGCCUUUUUUGACGUUUUUUUUUUGCAGGUCCGAAACUCAUCUGAGACCUUGAAUGAGCCAGACUAAUAGGAUUGGCUUGGUAAAGCACUGUAGCAUCCGAGGAGCAUCUGUGAUCCGUGUAUGUGUGUGUGCUGUCUAAUCCAUCUUCAUACACAACUUACCACAACGCUUUUGAAGAAAUUCCACUCUCACGGUAUAUUGGUUUGGAAAAUGUCCCUAAAGAAUUCCAGGUCAGGAUUUUCUGUCCGCGAUAUUUUAGACCUCCCGGACACGAACGAUGAAGGAUCGGUGACUGAAGACACUGAGGAUGAGGCGGAUGAAGGGCUUUCUGGAAAUCAGCAGCGCGCGUCCUCCGGGGAUGCGCUUUGGCUCGGAUCUCCAUGUGGCCACAAAUAUACAUUGCCAUCAUCAGCAUCUCCAGAGGAUUUAACUCCAGAACUGUCCACGGAUGAGUUUGUUGAUCGGGACAGAGAGAGUUCAGAGGACGCGGGGAGAAAGCGCAAAAGGAGGAUCCUGUUUUCAAAGACUCAAACCAUUGAAUUGGAGAGGUGCUUCAGGCAACAGAGAUACUUAUCCGCGUCUGAGAGAGAACAUCUGGCUAAGAUCUUACAUUUGACUCCAACGCAAGUGAAGAUUUGGUUCCAGAACCAUCGGUACAAAGUGAAACGAGCUCGGGCUGAGAAAGGAAUGGACCCGUAUGUGCUGUCUCCGCGCCGGGUUUCUGUUCCCGUUCUGCUGAGGGACGGAAGAGUGUGCCAUGUUCUCAGUCCACCCGACAUCACUGCCUUUAAUAUGAAGCAGUUCCCUCAAAUUCAACCCAGUCAUAACAUCUGCCCCAGGAUCAUGACACGUCUGCCAUCUUGA